AUGGCAAUUGACGCAGCAACCAACACCUUCCGGAUUAUCGUUGUAGGAGGCGGUAUCGCAGGUUUAGCUACUAAAGCAAAGCCUACAGCAGAAAGACAAUUCCGCAUCCUUGACACCAAGGGUAACAUCCACAUGAACAUCGACAUGGACGGCAAGAAGUACGGAGCAGACCGUAUGGUAUACCAUCGUCAAGAUCUACAUGCAGCUCUGAGGGAGGCCGCUUUGAGCACCGAAUUGCCUGGCCACCCUGCUAGCAUCGUAACAGCAGCCAAAGUUGUCAGCUGUGACUGCGAAGCUGGAAUAGUCACAUUGGAAGACAAUAGCACCUACCAAGGCGACCUCGUUAUUGGUGCAGAUGGCAUCCACAGUGUCAUCCGUGAAGCCAUACUCAAAGCCGGCAACCAUGAGCUCGUCCAUCCAACACCCACAGGCGUCUCGGCAUACCGUCUUCUCGUCGAAACCGCAAACCUUUCUUCGAUAAACGUAGAUUCAGACAUCUUUGAUCCAAAGAAACAAGCCACAACGCUAAUUAUGGGCCAUGACCGUCGCGUCAUCAUGGGACCUGCCCGCAACGGCGAUUUGCUAGGUCUAGUGGGCAUGGUACCUGACGAGCACAUGCACGAAACCUCCAAUGCAAACAGUUGGACCACACCGGGCUCGCUCUCCAAACUGCUAGAGACGUAUCAUGAUUUCCCGCAGUGGAUCAAGGAUAUCUUUGCUCAGGCUCCCGAUAUCGCGCUUUGGCAGUUGCGAGAUAUUGAUGCAUUGCCUGCGUGGGUGGCUGGGAGGUGUAUCAUUAUCGGAGAUGCCGCACAUGCUAUGUUGCCUACUCAAGGCGCAUCUCAAAGCAUCGAAGACGCCGAAGCACUUGCCGCAUUCUUCGCUCCUACAACUGCCAAACCCACUCUUCCGGAAAUCUCCCUUGCUCUUCAAAAUGUCUUUGAAGCAAGAUAUCAGCGCGCUAGUGUGAUUCAAGCGUAUAGUCGCCAACAAGCCAAGCCUGCAACCGAAAAGGGAAGUGUGAAGGUUACUUUGAAUCCUGCAGAGUUUUUGGACUAUAACUGCAAGUAUGAGGGAGCAGUGCAGUGGUUGGAGCAGCAGAAAAGUCAGGAGUCGCAGAGUCAAUGA